AUGAAUCUCACAGAGUUCAGUGCCGAAAUCCUCCUCCAGAUCUGCGAAGAGUUCUGUCAACAUUGCCAGGAAAAGCACCUGAAAAUUCCUAGACCAGACUGGUGGCGAAGAGACUCCUCUCGCCGCGCUCUCCUCGACCUCUCACUCGUCAAUAGGAAGGUAGGAGCAAUCGCUCAGCGGGUACUUCACCAUCAUUUUGGCUACGUAGAUAAGGAUAGGGAGCCUGAUGACCUCGCUAGGUUCUGCCGCACCAUCUUUCAUAACCCAGAGCUUGGCAAAUGCCUCCGAUGGGCUAAUCUCUCAGUACCCGAGACAGGGAUAGACAGGGACGUGAUUCAAUGUUGGCUACCAGAUGCUUUAGAAAAGUUUGGCCACCACAUGGCCCUCAAUGUACAUGCCUUGCAGGAGGAUUGGCUCCACUGCUCUAUUUCGCCACUCAUUCUGCUGCAAGCUCCAAAUCUGGAACGUAUCGACGACGACGGUAAGAAUGAGGGGGCAUGCCUCGGCAUGCUCGCCGGGUCCGUGGUCCGUGAUGGCGCACUCCCGCAGAAUCUGAGCAACGUCUGGCUGGGGGAUUGGAUCUCCUCUAUGGGGGCACAUGACAGAUUAGGUCAAAGCCUCUCCUUAUGGGGGCUUGGGUAUCUGCUCAGUUCCUUGCCGAAGCUUCACACAUUGGGUAUCUACUGUCCGGUGUUUUCGAGUCCUGACGAACGGGUGUUGCUUCAGCACCUGCGUGUCCUUCGGCUUGGUGACUUUUUGAUGCGCCGAGACGAGCUUGAGAGACUAAUCUCGUGUACACCAAUGCUUGAAGAAUUCGCACAUUUUUACUUUGGUCUACCCGCCAUGUUUAGGGAAGAUACAGCCACUGUCCCCGAUAUCUGCGAAGUUUUAGCCCUGAGGAAGGAUACCCUGCGGCGUGUUAUGCUCGAUGCUUCAUGUACCACUGAUGACAUUCACGCUCUAAGGGAGCUGGAUAAUCUGGAGGAGCUGAAGAUCUGGGCAGGACCUGCUCUCGAACCCCAGUUGGAAUUAUAUCGUCUCGACAGCCAAGCCCUGGCGAGAGCCCUGCCACCAUCGCUGCAGAAGCUCCACGUCAUAUUAGCCCACACAGGUGUGGCCUCGGCCGGUGAGGCUUUAAUGACGUACAUCUGGUCAACGUACAGAGAGUCGUCCGAACAGCAGAAGCUGAAGCAAGUGUACUUUGACGUCUAUGAAGAACCAGCUCGGCGGUACAGUCAUUUCAAGCAACUCCUUGAAGGGGGGGGGGCAGGAGUGGACCAGACAUGGGACUGUUGUGUUUAG